GACUGUUUCCAUUGGCUGAUUUUUCUACUGGAGAAAGCUACGUUUUUUUCUACUUGCUUGCUCAUCUGGUACAAGCAGGAGCUGUCCCUGGCGGUCGGAAGGGAGCGGAGCCUGGAACGUGCUCAGGUGCAGCUGGGCCUGGACUGGCAGCGCCGCUGUGACGAUGUUGAAAGGCACCACAUCCAAAAAUCGGAGGCCCUGAUUCAGGGUCUGACCGCGGCAAAAAGUCAGGUUGCUGCCAAGCUGCAGGAGACAGAGCGGGCACUACGGGAGCAGGAGGCGGUGCUGAAGGCCGUGACCCUGGAGCGAGACCAGGCCAUGCAGGCCCUGAGGAUGCAGGGGCUCCCCAGACCAGAGGCACAGGUGCUCCUCAGGCAGCAUGAAGAAGAAAUAAGUAAAGACUUUCCAUCCAGUGAGAUCCAGCGCUUGCGAGAGCAGAACAUGAGCUUGCGAAACGUGAUUGCACAGAUGAGGAAAGAAAUGGAGACUCUCAGCCAUCAGAUUCCUCUUCCCGCCCAGAGAGCGGGGGAGAGCACAGAGGCAAACCAGCCUGACCCAAAGGCAGGGGGAGAUGCAAACCAGCCUGACCUAAAGGCGGGGGCAGAUGCCGCCACUCCUGAUUAUGUUCUGGCCCUUGAAGCAGAAAUACGAAAUCUAAAGCAUAAGUUUAAAACCCUGGAAGAGCAGCUGGAAGAUGUGUUGGAUCCUUUAACCAUGUCGUCACCUCGUGCUAAGUCUCAGCCCAGCAUCUGCACCUCGACAGAGACCACUGGAGUGUCUGUCCAGGCUGGUCAAGUGGACUCUGGACUGGCGCUCAGGAAGCUCGGGGACAGAGUGCAGCUCCUAAACCUGCUGGUGACACGACUCAGACAGAAGGUGCUGCGGGGACCCCUAGAGCCGGCUGCUCUGCAGCUCGAGCUUCCCCGUGAGGUGGACCAGGUACACCUGGAGGUUUUGGAGCUGCGGAAGCAGGUGGCUGAGCUGGGGAAGCAUCUCAGGAUAGCCCACCACUGGGGAGCGGAGCCUUCAGGAAGGAAGCAGCCCACAGCCUUGGACGCCGUGGUCCUCGGGAGAGAGGUGGGUGCCCGCCAGCUCCUCCUGCCACCCGCCUCUCGGGGCUCCUGCUGCAGAGGCCAUCCUUGCCUGUGCUCUGCCGGCAGUGCUGUCUGUGUGCCCUGGGAGCUUCGGUGGGACGAGGGCUGCAGCAAAGGCCGUGCCUGGAAGUGGGUCCUGCUCCACCCUUUCUCCCUCUUCCCCUACCUUCUUCCUCUGCCCACUUCCUCUUCUCCUGCUCCUUCACCUUGACACACUGUUGGUGGGGGCGGCCCAUCCGAGUCCUCGCUCCAGCUAACAGCGUCUUGUGUUGGAAACUCACACGUUGAAGGCAGCUCAUGUCUGCUUUAAUACAGGUCCUUGACCGCCUGCUGAGGGGUAUCUGUGCACAGCCCUGCCUGCCCCAUGCCGAGCAGUGGGUCCUCUCUGGGUUGGGGGGGGGCACAUGUCCCUCACUGCUGCAUUCAGAGCCACGCAGCUGCUCCAGGCCAUGGCUGUCCCAUCCUGGUCCUGGUCAGGCCCUUGGCCCCGAGGGACUGAUCCCCAGCUCCAUGGCUGGGUUUGAGCCAUAGCUCUGAGCUGUGGAGAGGGCCCCAGGCCCUGAUUCUGCUGCUUGGCAGAGCCCACCAGCAGGGCCCACUUCUUCCUACCUAAGGCCAGAGGAAAAGGCUGUGAAGGACAGGCUGCCCAGCCUCCCUGACUAUGUACCCCAGACUGUUGGUAACUGGGGUAACUGUAGUGGGGCACCCUGUUGCUCCCCCACACGUCUCCCGCCCACCUGGGCGCUGCGUUGCUCC